AUGAACCGCCUGUUCGCACGACAUACGAGGCCUAUCGUGGCCCAGCGCACAUUCCCUCUCAGCAGUGCUGGCACCCUGCGAGCGCUGUCCACACCCCGAUGGACUGCGGGGCCGUUACGCAGGCUGCACGGCGCAGUGCCCAUGGACGGCAACACGGCCGCCGCACACGUGGCCUACGGCCUCUCUGACAUCCACGCCAUCUACCCCAUCACGCCCUCCUCGCAAAUGGGCGAGCUGGCCGACAAGUGGUCGGCCGAGGGACGGCUCAAUGCCUUCGGCAACACGCCGCGGGUCAUCGAGAUGCAGUCAGAGAUGGGCGCGGCGGGCACGCUGCACGGCGCGGCGGUGGGAGGCGCGUUGGUGUCGACGUUCACGGCCUCGCAGGGCCUGCUGCUGAUGAUCCCCAACCUGUACCGCGUGGCCGGCGAGCUCAUGCCGGCCGUGUUCCACGUCACGGCGCGCGCCAUCUCGGGCCAGGGCCUGAGCAUCUACGGUGACCACUCGGACGUGAUGGCGGUCAAGCAGACCGGCGUGGCCAUGCUCGCCUCGGCCUCGCCGCAGGAGGCCAUGGACCUCGCCCUGGUGGCCCACCUCUCCAGCAUCAGGUCCUCCGUCCCCUUCGUCCACUUCUUCGACGGAUUCCGCACCUCGCACGAGAUCAACACGGUGGAGCCGAUCAAGUACGAGGACAUGCGCAAGCUGCUGGACGAGGAGGCACUGGAGCAGUUCCGCAGGCGGGGCAUGAACCCGGAGACGCCCAACCUGCGCGGGCUCAUCGACGGCCCCGAGCACUACUUCCAGCAGGUCGAGGCCGCCAACACGAUCCUCGACGGCGUGCUGCCGGUGGUCGAGGGCUACCUGGACGAAGUCCACAAGCUGACGGGCCGCAAGUACGGCCUGUUCGACUACCACGGCCACCCGGAGCCGCGCCACGUCAUCGUCGCCUGCGGCAGCAGCGUGUCGACAGUCGAGGAGGCCGUCAACCACCGCAACGCGCAGGGCGAGCGGGUGGGCUUGAUCAAGGUGCGGCUGUGGCGACCCUUCUCCAUCAAGCACCUGGUCGACGCGCUGCCGAAGAGUGUGGAGAAGGUGGCGGUGAUCGACCGCGUGCGCGACUACCUGGCCAGCGGCGGCCCGCUGUUCCAGGAGGUGUGCACGUCGCUCAUGAUGGGCGGCCGCCGCGACGUGCAGCUGGUCAACGGCCGCUACGGCCUGGGCAGCAAGGACUUCACGCCCGGCAUGGCCCUGGCCAUAUUUGAGAACCUCAAGCAGGACCAACCCCUCCACAACUUCGUGGUGGGCAUCAAGGACGACGUCACGCACAAGUCGCUCACCGUCACUGAAGAGCCGGACACUCUGCCUGCGGGCACCAAGCAGUCCAUCUUCUGGGGCAUCGGUGGCGAUGGCACGGUCGGCGCCAACGAAGAGGCCAUCAAGCUCAUCGUCGAGAACUCCAACAUGUAUGGUCAGGGCUAUUUCGCGUACUCGGCACACAAGAGCGGCGGCGUGACAGUGUCGCACCUCCGGUUCGGGGAGAAGCCGAUCAACAGCACCUACCAGGUGCAGAACGCGGACCUGAUCGCCGUCCACACGACGCCCUACCUCAAGAAGUUCCCCUCCCUUCUUGGCCCGCUCAAGGAGGGUGGCACGGUCAUCCUCAACAGCCCGUGGAACGACGUGGCCCACCUCGACCGCAUGCUGCCGGACUUUGUCAAGCGCCGCAUCGCCCGGCGCAAGGCGCGGCUCAUCAACGUCGACGCGACGGCCAUCGCCCACGAGGCCGGCCUGCGCGGGCGGAUCAACAUGGUCAUGCAGGCCGCCUUCUUCAAGGCCUCCGAGGUGCUCCCGCUCGACGUCGCGCGCGCCGAGCUGCGCCGGGUGAUCGACGCCCAGUACGCGCGCAAGGGACGCGACGUGCUCGAGCGCAACUACGCCGCGCUGGACCAGGGCCUCGCGCGCACGGUCGAGGUGGCCUACCCCGACGCGUGGGCCGAGUGCCGGGACGACGUGGCCGACUACAUCGUUCCCGACCCUGCCGACGCGCCCGAGCAGCUGCGCAAGGUGCUCCGCCCGACGCAGCGGAUGGAGGGAGACAGCCUGCCGGUGAGCGCGUUCGACCCGCGCGGCGCGAUGCCGUCGGGCACCUCCAAGUACGAGAAGCGCGGCAUCGCCCCGGCCGUGGCCCAGUGGACCAACCCCGACACCUGCACCCAGUGCAACCUCUGCUCCGCCCUCUGCCCGCACGCCGCCAUCCGCCCCUUCCUCUUCACCCAAGAAGAAGCGGGAUCGGCGCCAGAGGGGUGGGAGGGGCGGAAGGCGGUGGGCAAGGCCGGCAAGAGCUACCAGUACCGGGUGCAGGUGUCGCCCUACGACUGCACCGGCUGCGACGUGCCCUUUGUCGACGCGCUCGACCGCGGCCAGGCCCGCCUGUGGGACUUUGCCGCCGAGCGCCUCCCGAUCCGCAGCGAGGUCUACCCCAAGGAGUCGCUCAAGGGCAGCCAGUUCGCCAAGCCCUGCCUCGAGUUCAGCGGCGCGUGCGCCGGCUGCGGCGAGACGCCCGUCGUGAAGCUGCUCACGCAGUUGUUCGGCGACGAGCUCUACAUCGCCAACGCGACCGGCUGCUCGAUCGUGUGGGGCGGCAUGUUCCCGUGGAGCGCCUACACGACCAACGAGCGGGGGCACGGCCCGGCCUGGGGCCACUCCCUGUUCGAGGACGCGGCCGAGUACGGCUUCGGCAUACGACACGCGGUGCGGUACCGGCGCGAGGCCCUGCGGUGCGCGGUGCAGCGCGACUUGGCCGCCGGCGCAUAUGCGGCCGAGCACCCGGCCCUGGCCGAGGCCGAGGCCUUCGACGGGCCCUCGCUCGUCAUCGCCUACGCGCCCUGCAUCGCCCACGGCAUCAAGGCGGGGAUAUCGACCGAGGUGGAGGAGGCGAAGCGGGCGAUCAAGGCCGGGUACCACAUCUUGUACCGAUACAACCCGUCGCUGGUGGAGCAGGGCAUGAACCCGCUCUCGCUGGACUCGAGCCCGCCGGACGACCAGCUGCUCCAAUUUUUGCGGGGAGAGAACCGCUACGAGGCCCUGCGCCAGCAGCACCCCGAGCUCACCGACGAGAAGCAGCGGCUGCUGGUGCGCGACGUCGCCGACCGGUACCGACACUACGCCCUCCUCAAAGAGCAGCUCGAGCCCAAGGACGACGGCGAAGAAGAAGAAGAGAAGGCCGACGAAGCCAAGGAGGAGGCCACCGCCUAG